AUCAAGCUUACACUAAACAACCUUAAGUUCUUGAUAAACGUAGUGUUAGAUGUAUUGUUGUCAACGUACCAUAAUGGUUUAUAGUUCAUGGAGAAAGAUUGCUACUCUCGUUACCAUUCUUCUCUUACUAGAUUUUGGUAUUGCCGAGUUAGCUCCAAACUAUACCUUCAUGCAUGAAGCAACAAAAGCUCCUAGGGUUUCUUUCUUUGACUACAUCGUUAUCGGAGGAGGUACCACCGGUAUCCCAAUAGCCACCACCCUAUCCGCCAACUACUCGGUUUUAUUACUCGAACGCGGUGGCUCACCUUACAACGAUGCCAACAUCACCAACGCAAAAAAUUUCGGUCUCUACUUCCUUGACACAUCACCAGAAUCACCCGUUCAACAGUUUGUAGUUGAAGGUGUUGCGAAUGGACGAGCUCGUGUGUUGGGUGGUGGAACAUCAAUCAAUGCUGGUUUUUACUCUCGCGGUGAGGAACAAUUCAACAUGGAAGCCGGAUUAACAGAUGAAGCUUUGAUCCAAGAUUCCUACAAGUGGACCGAAAAAGUUAUGGUAUUUGACCAGGAUGUGCAAAACUGGCAAUCGGCAAUUAAAGCUGGUCUUGUGGAAGCUGGGGUCACACCGGACAAUGGGUUUACUUAUGAUCAUCUAGUUGGUACUAAAGUGGGCGGGGCUAUUUUUGAUAAAAAUGGUACCCGACAUACGGCUGCUGAUUUGCUACAAUAUGCAAAUCCAGAAGGGUUGUCUCUGUUUCUACACGCAACUGUUCAGAAAAUCUUGUUUAAGCAUAAAGGAAGCUCAAAGCCAAGGGCUUAUGGAGUAAUAUUUGAAGAUACCCUGGGGAAAAAACAUGUUGCAUACUUAAAACGUAGAAAGAAUAACGAGAUCAUACUGUCUGCUGGAGCUCUUGGAAGCCCACAACUUUUGAUGUUGAGUGGCAUAGGUCCAAAAGACCAACUUGAUGCCCUUAACAUCAAUAUUGUUCUCGAACAACCCUUUGUUGGUCAAGAUAUUGCAGAUAAUCCACUAAAUGCACUCUUCAUCCCUUCUCCUAUUGGCAUUGAGCGAUCUUUAGUUCAAGUUGUGGGUAUUACUCCAUUUGGUAGCUAUAUUGAAGCAGUUGGUGGAUUUAAUGCUGUUUUCGUGAAUCUUUCGGACUAUCAGGGGUAUACACCUGAGAAAGGGGGUUUCAUAUAUGAAAAGAUUAAUGGCCCUUUAUCUAAGGGUCACCUAACGAUUGUAAAUCGUAAUGCAUCUGACAACCCAUCAGUAACAUUUAACUACUUUACCAAACCUGAAGACUUGCAGAAAUGCGUUAAGGGGAUCGAAACCAUCAUUAAAACAGUUAAUUCAGAAGCAUUCUCAAACUACAAGCUAGCCAAUAUGACAGACCAAGAUAUUCUUGAUCUUAACAUGAAAAUACCCUAUAACUUUAUUGCACAUGGUAAUACAAGUACCUCCUUAGAACAACAUUGCAAGGACACUGUAAGAACUGUAUGGCAUUAUCACGGCGGGUGUCAUAUCGGGAAGGUUGUUGAUGACGAAUAUAAGGUUCUUGGUGUUGAUUCUCUUCGUGUCAUUGACGGGUCGACUUUACUUAACUCUCCGGGAACUAAUCCUCAAGCCAGCUUGUUGAUGCUUGGAAGAUACAUGGGAGUUACUAUACUGUCCCAAAGAAUCACAUGGGAGAAGCAAUUUGCAAAUUGAUCGGACUUUGUGUUUCUAUAUUAAAUAUUUGUGUUUAAUUUUUAUAUUUGUUGUCGUUUUGAUGGUGGUAUACAUAUUUUGUUUUGGUAAGAAUAGUUGUAGAUUAAUUUUAAAACAUUUGUAACUAGAAGGAUUUACCUGUACUACGUGCGGAGAGUUAAGUCGGUAUUGAUUAUGUUAA